UCAUUGUAUAGAUCCGUUGUCUGCUGUGCUUGUAGUCGGUCACACUUGUUUUCAAGCCUGCGAUCGAUAUUUUUACAGUGUUUUCACUGAAUUUGCUAUUGUAGAUUAAUUUUAUCUUUGCUUUCCACUGGUUAUUCGAAAAUGUCUGCAGGAGAUGUCGAUCAACGCAUCCGAGACAUUCAACGUGAAUAUGCUGAAUUUCUCGACGACUACAAUCGAGAUGGAAUUUAUACUCAACUUGUAAAGGAUAUGGUGAGUAACAAACAAACCAGGUUGGUUGUCAACAUCAAUGAUCUUCGCCGUGUCAAUGCUGCUAGAGCCAAUGGCCUGCUUACAAAUGCUUUUGAAGAGCAAUUGGCAUUCCAGAAAGCUUUAUCAGAGUUUGUUGGAGGUAUUGAUUCAAGCUAUGCAAAGGAGCAUGACGAGUUUUUUCUUGGUUUCGAAGGAAGUUUUGGAGCAAAGCAUGUCACUCCAAGAAGUCUCACUUCACGAUUCAUUGGAAAUUUGGUCUGUGUUGAAGGGAUUGUCACAAAGUGUUCUCUGGUUCGACCGAAGAUCGUUCGCAGUGUGCAUUAUUGUCCUGCAACAAAGAAAACUAUCGAACGGCGUUACACCGAUUUGACUAGUUUUGAUGCAUUCCCUUCAAGUUCCGUCUAUCCAACCAAGGACGAAGAUGGCAAUUUGCUAGAGACAGAGUAUGGACUGUCUACUUAUAGAGACCAUCAAACGUUAACGAUCCAAGAAAUGCCAGAAAAAGCUCCUGCCGGACAACUGCCUCGUGCGGUGGACAUUAUUUGUGAUAACGACUUGGUGGAUCGAUGCAAACCUGGUGAUCGUAUCCAAGUUAUUGGCACUUUCCGCUCGUUACCAGGAAAACAAGGAGGAUUCACAUCAGGUGCCUUCAAGACGAUCCUCUUAGCUUGCAACAUUGUCCCCCUGAGCAAAGAGGCUUCCAUUUUCAUCACUAGUGAUGAUGUCCGCAAAUGUAAAAAAUUCUCUCGGAUGAAAUCAAUUGACGUCUUCCAGCUCUUGGCCAAAUCUCUGGCGCCUUCCAUCCACGGACACGAAUACAUCAAACGUGCCCUUCUUUGCAUGUUGCUCGGCGGUCUAGAAAAGGUUUUGCCCAACGGUACUCGCCUUCGUGGUGACAUCAACAUUCUCUUAAUUGGCGAUCCUAGUGUUGCCAAAUCUCAACUUCUUCGUUACGUCCUCUUCACGGCGCCGAGAGCCGUUGCUACAACAGGCCGUGGUUCAUCCGGCGUCGGUUUAACUGCUGCAGUGACCAACGAUCCUGAAUCUGGUGAGCGACGAUUGGAAGCUGGCGCCAUGGUUUUGGCUGAUCGCGGAGUUGUUUGUAUCGACGAAUUUGACAAAAUGUCCGACAUCGAUCGAACUGCCAUCCACGAAGUCAUGGAACAAGGAUCGGUAACCAUUGCAAAGGCAGGCAUCCAUGCUCGACUGAACGCUCGUUGCUCUGUCCUGGCAGCUGCCAAUCCAGUGUACGGUCGCUAUGACCAAUACAAAACACCCAUGGAAAACAUUGGCUUGCAGGAUUCACUACUGUCUCGUUUCGACUUGUUGUUCAUCGUGCUGGAUCUGGUAGAUGUUGAGCAGGACCGUCGAAUCGCCGACCAUGUUGUCCGAAUGCAUCGCUACCGUGCUUCAACAGAACAAGAUGGAGAACCGCUCCCAUUGGCCAUGAAUUUGGACAUGCUAUCGACCAGGAAUCCGGACGAGAAUGAGUCUACCGUCCAGGAGACGCCGCUUUAUGAAAAGUACGACGCUCUUCUCCACGGUUCAAGCCGUUUGAAAACGGACAAAGUCGUUAGCAUGCAGUUCAUGAAGAAGUACAUUCACGUCGCCCGCGCCCUUAAGCCGACAUUGUCGCAAGAAGCAGCUGACGCUAUCGCUGAAGAAUAUUCGCGUCUCCGGUCUCACGAAGUUGAAAAUCCAGAUGUGGCGCGCACCCAACCGGUAACGGCUCGUGCGCUCGAGACGCUGAUCCGUCUCUCCACGGCUCACGCCCGUGCACGUCUAUCAAAAGUCAUCGAUGCUGAUGACGCGCAUUCGGCCAUUGAGCUCGUCCAAUUUGCUUACUUUAAACGAGUUCUUGAGAAGCAGCGUAAGAAGAAGAAGGUUGAAGACGACGGCGAAGAGGAUGAUGAAGUCGAUACCGAAGAGGAGGAGGAACCGGAAGAAGAUGUCGACGAAACGACCGUGUCUACUGCCGAGUCGCAGAAAAAAAGGAAGCGCACUCGAACCUCUCAGGAAGAUCCGUACGAAUUCGACGCUACCAGCAGCCAACCGACGGCCAGUGGCACCACCACCAAACGCCCCAAGAAGUCAACACAAGACACGACGGCAUCUCAAGGUUCCUCUUUGGAAACGGACUCUGUCCCGAUGGAUACGACCGUCAAUGAAGAUGAGACUCCCGCUUCUAUUAGCGAUGAGCGUUACAAUUUGUUCAAAAAGUCGUUGACCCAGUUAUUCCGCGAAUCGCGUGCCCAGUCGCUGCCUUCCAGCCGUUUCCGUGCGUAUCUGGUCGAGAAACAUUCGGCCGAGCCUUUCCAGUCUCAUGAAACUCGGGCAGCAUUCGAAAGAAUGACGGAGGCCAAUCAAAUCAUGGUAGCAGAUGAUAUUAUCUUUCUCAUCUAAUUUCCCUUAUCCGAAUGAUUUGGUGUCACCUUUCCUUCUGUUUACUAUUUCGAUACUAAUAAUUCAUCACUGAUUAAUCAAUAAACGAACAAAAAGA